CGCUUAAUGCCCGACUAAUUACUCUAGGGUUAAUUAUUCAGCCCCGGAGAUUGCCCGGAGUUCCCCUGAACGCCCCCUCCAGCCGACGACAAAUUGGAUGCCGAACGAAACGAACGUUUAUCGGCCACCGAUAUCGGGAAAAUCACCGCGAUUCAUGAAAAGAGAACUUUGAGGAUCUCGGGAGCCAGGGACCUAGAGACUGGAACGUCGAAGUGGAUCGACGCUUUGAGCGAUAAAGAGGAGAGGAGCUUGCGGGAGAAUUGAUCGUUGGAAGAUUGGAGAUCUUUUAGGCGCAAGUGAUACUUUGGAGACAGAAGGAGGGAAGAGUCUUUUGUAACCGGAAGUUGAGGAACGAGGAUUCGUCUUUUUUACUCGGAGGCAUUUUGUAAAAAUUCAUUGGGCGCGAAGCUGCAAGGGAAACAUUUGUCGAAACUAAGUCGAUGAUUCAAGUACGUUAAGUACCUUGAAGAAGGGGAAACUCUUUCAACCCCCGGAAGUCGAAGACUCGCGAGGAAGGGUCGUCAUCGAACAACCGGUUCGAUCGGUGAAAUACGAGUUGUGUAUAAGAGAAUCGAAUUAAAUAGUACCGAGAGAAGAAGGAAGGAAGAGCGAUUUACGAUCGGAAGUUGAAGAACAAAGGAAUGACCAUGUCCGUGACGGUGCCAACUCCGCUGAAACCGGCGCGUGGACGCGGUCCGGCCGACGGUCGCGCAUUUUUCGAAACGCUAUGGCGGGGAAACUUUUUCCUGGACCGGCAGAAGGUCAUGAAACGGUCACGGAAACGCAAAUUGCAAGCGGCGAACGGAAAGAAACGUGCACAGCUGCAGAUGCGACAGCACUGUUGCUGUUGCCAGCGCAUACAACUUCACCUGCUCGCCGGACGGCGAAGCAAUAUGCGCUCCGUUGUUAGUGUUCGCGAGACACAUCAGAUUGCCGAGGCGCAGCAAGAGAAAAAUGCAAAGCUACGAGAAGCAUUCGGUAUAUCGGAGUUCUUCGUGGAGGGAAGUAGCCUAGAUCCGGAGAGACACGCGCGCGAGGCUGAAGCGAGAGCUGCUGCUAGCAAAGUGUACGAAUUGGUGAGAACGCCAAGCCCGGCGCCGGAUACCACGUCUGCCCCAGAAAAGAAGAAAAGAAAACGAUCCGGUAGCACUAGCAAGAAGAAAAAAGGGAAGAAGCACAAGAAGGAAAGGUCGGAAUCUCCUAAGGCUAGCAAGAAAAAAGAAAAGUCGAAGAAGAAGAAAAAGGAGAAAAAGCACAAGAAGGCUGAGGCUAGUUCCUCUGAUAGCGAAUCCAGUGAUGCGUCGGAUGAUAGCAGUUCCUCAGAAACUGAGUCAAAGAAGAAAAAGAAAAAGAAGAAGAAAAAGUCCAAAGCUGAGGCAAAAGAAAAGCAUGAGAAGAAAAAAGCAGCUGUCAAGAGGAAGCAUCAGUCAUCUGAGAGCUCGUCCGACAGCUCCCCAGAGAGACCCAAAAAGUCUAUGAAACAUGAUAAAGCCGUAGAAAAAGCAAAGAACGACGAGCCAGAAACUACGGCCAAAGAGCUACGAUCAAACCGAUCGCCGAAGAAACAAGAAAGGGGUCGAAACGAGACUCCGCCUCCAAAAAAGAAAGAUUCUCCCGUUAAAAAAACAGCUCCUGAGAAGAAGGAGAAGUCACCGGUUGCACACAAAAGCCCACCGCCAAGGCGUCACAGAUCACCGUCGAGGAGCAGAGUCGAUAGAGGAAGGUCUCCUAGACGGUAUUCAAGGUCACGGCGAGUGAGUCCCUCGCCUAGAAGGAGGAGAGUGUCGAGGUCACCUAGGAGAUACAACAGAUACUCGGUAUCCAGAAGCAGAAGUCGAUCGAGGUACGAUCGCUAUGGAUCUCGGCGCAGACCGUCACCUCUUCCUAGGCGUAGGAGGUCCGACUCCAGAAGAAGGUCAAGAUCUCCCAGAAGACAGAGGGACAGACGAGAAAGAUCUAGAGAGCGCCGCAGGAGCCGUAGCAGGACCAGAAGCAAGUCCAGGCGAUCUACUCUGAGCUACUCCCCUGUAAGAAAGAACCCCGAACGAUACAAGCAUAUCCUGGAAGACAAAAAGAAGCGAGAUCCGAAGAAGAACCAUGACAACAAGCGUAAAUCUCGGUCGAUCUCCAAAACCAGAAAGAUCAGAACUGUAACGCCCAGGGUAAGGCUCCGCUCCUCCAGCGAAGAUGAAACCGACAUGGCGGACGAAGAGCCGAAACCGGAAGAUGAAGAACGGUUGAAGGAAUUGCACACUCUGAAGCGUCUGCAGAGUGGGCUGGCAGCUAAGGCCAGGGAGUCCAUCGGGAAAAAAGUUAUAAGCCCUGUGAAGAUAAAGAUAGAGAAGAAAGAGGACAGCGUACUCGAUAUUGCUUUACCGAUCGAUCCACCGAAAAUGAUACAGAACAUUGUUGGUCCCAUGCAGGAGAAAUCUAAGUCAAAGUCGCCGAUAUCGCAUCUACCUGCCAUCCAAUCGCCGGUGUCCAGCAGAUCACCUUCGCCGGCAUUACCGCUCACACGGGAGGAGGCAGCUAUAAAGAUACGAUCUCCUAGCGAGUCUCCUCCUCCGUUGCCCCAAACAUUGAACAAGAUAAACUCUACCUCGCCGAGUCUAGCUACCAAGACAAACCAUCGUCCUAAGUCUCCGAUCGUUGUGAAAAAAACCUCCCCAAUCUUAUUGAGGAAGAACUCGUCGGAAAGCAAAUCGUCUUCGCAUUCGCCACCGGUCUCUCAGAAAGAAGCUCCCAUAAAGCUGCGUUCUCCUAGCGAGUCUCCGCCUCCGAUACCAGCUAACACGACCAAGGCGAAACGGCCAGAUUCUCCGACCGCUUCGAAGAAGAACUCACCAAUUUCCAGGAAGCACUCUCCAAGAGACAAAUCCUACUCCAGAUCACGUUCCAGAUCCUACACGAGAUCAGUAUCCCCGGAGAAACGGUCUUCCAGAUCUCCCAGAUGCCGAUCAAGGUCGCCCUCGAGGGACAAAAAGUCGCGUUCUUUGUCAAGAAGCAAGAAGUCACCUACUCCUAGACAUAGGUCACCCACGUCUCCAUCAAAGUCCAAGAAGUCACCUAAGUCUCCAGCCAGGACGAAGAGGGUGACCAGAUCACGAUCUUCCUCGGAGUCAAAACACUCUGCAUCCAGGUCGCCUUCGCACUCCAAGAAGUCUCCCUCCCACUCGCCGGAGAAGUCCAGGUCCAGGAGCAGGACAAGGUCGUUGUCGAAGAGGUCCAGAAGCCGUUCUUUAUCGAAGAAGUCGAGGAGCAGGUCGCUGUCCAAGAAAUCACGGAGCAGAUCGCUGUCGAAGAAGUCCAGGAGUAGAUCCUUGUCGAAGAAGUCGAGGAGCAGAUCAAGGUCAUUGUCCAGGAUAUCGCGUGACAAAGAGAAAAGAAGUCGCAGCAGGAGCAGUUCGCGUUCUUCUUUAAGUUCAAGACACAGUCGUAGGAGUUUUUCUAGUUCAUCAAGAUCAUCCAGCAGCGUCUCCAGCAGAUCCUCCCGUUCGACAUCUAGUUCUUCAGCUUCCAGCCGAUCUCGAUCCCCGUCUAUACCGCGACGCCAUGGUUCUCCAAGUUUCCUAGACAGGCGUCGAAUCACGAGUGCCAGGAAGCGACCAAUUCCAUAUCACCGACCUACUCCGACACCACCUUCUUCACCGAGUAGCUCAGAUAGCAGCAGACAUAGUAAUUGGUCAAGUCCGAGUCACCGAUCAAGUUGUUCCCCGAGUCGGAGUCCAUCGUACACGCGUUGAAUCGACUUGCAGCGAAUCCUUAAAAGACAUUCGACGUUCCUCUCACGUGUCAGAUUUGGAAUGGUGCGGUUCACCAAAGAUUCUCUGAUGCUUUUUCUAACAGUUCUGCUGCAUUGCGCCGUGUCAUGUCCAUGAAUUAAUACUGUUCACCUACGGUAGGAAGCAUGAUUUUAAAGGGAUGCAGGCGCCGACAGGGCCGUUCUAAAAGUUUGGUGCAUGAUCUUUUAAGUCUGUAUAAAAAUAUUAAUACGCAUUUACACCUCUGAUCUCGUGACUAAAAAUAAUAAUACUCAUCGAUGGUGGUUCACCGUUAGUUUUCAGUAUUAGUACAUGUAUCAUUCGGAAUAGACUUUUCUUGUCAAACAAUGCUAAAUUUCUACAAAUCUUGUUUCACGUAGAAAACAAGAGCAGAGAUGUUUUACAAUUAACCGUUAGGUAUUCUCUCCAGACACCAGGAAACGAAGUCAGAAUUUUAGUCAAUUAAUCUUGUUCCUUUUUGAUUUCACGGAUUCGGACUGAAUUUCUAAUUCAUACCUGUACAAGAGAAACCAAAGAGGAUAUUUUAAUAAUAUAACUAGGGACAACGUUUUUUAAUACGAUCGUUUUUUCGAAAGGUUAUCAUAUUACCUGUGGUUUUACGUUGUCCAGCAAUCGUUAGAGUUUUAAGUCUUCGCGUGAUGAUGUUCUUUACAAACUUACAUCCACCUGAGUACUUAAGCAAUAAGGAGGCAAUGAUGAUUAACCGGGUGUCAUUAACUGUGUUGAUUGCAGCUUUUUCAGAUCUCACAUUAGUAUUAUUAUUAUAUUCGAUAGCUAUUAUUUAUUUACUCAUUUAAGACUACUCUAGUAGUUCCAUGUGCGCGUGAUUAUUUGAUCAUGUAAUUGUUUGUUAUACAAACACCAGCUAGUCAAAUUUUUAGACAUUCCAUUAAUGGUGAGACAAAAGAACCACUAGCAUCCUUUGAUCAAUUUCUUGCGGAUUAGCAACGGAAGUUUUAGUGCAAUGUUCUACAACCUGUUCCUUUUGUAUAUAGACAUUUUUAAUGUGCAUAACUAUGCUAGUACUUUGCUCAUAUUUACUUUUCAUUCUUUAUAUCGCGACGUCCAAGAAAUUGUAUAUUUAUUUAUACACUUAUUUAUUUUUUAACUUAUUUAUUUAUUUAAUGAUAUUAUCAUUUGCUAGUCAUUCGUCGACUUUAACGACAAGAAAAAAAAGUGUAAAAGUGAAGUUAAAACUUUUAAACUUUCCUUUACUUGCAAUACUCAAUUUACCUAAAUACUAGUCAGAACGUUUUUUUCUUGGCUAUAAGGCCAGGCAGCAUACAAAAAGACAUAAUUAGACAUAAUUAGUCUUGAUUAUUCAAAGUUAAGUCUUGAGGAUGUAUGUAUAGGGUUAAACGUCAUAUUUGGAAAGUCUACGUUGUUUAUAAUUAGAAAGGGAAAACUACAUAGAACCUAGCUCUCGCAUAAUGACUGAGUCAGUUUUAUUAAAAAAAAAAAGUCGUCAAUCGCUAUGGUGUCGCAAUGUUGACCUUGCAUCGAUGCAUAUCUAAUGAAGGGAAUAUUGAAAAAUGAAUGUACAUUUAUCACGAAAUAUUUGUUUCAUAGAAUUAGGACUAUCGAGGAAAAUUUUUCGAGUAUUGAUUUCACUGCAUGAACAAAAGAAUUUGUUAGAAUUUGCCCACCAUGGCUCUUGACUGAUUUAUUAUUCAUAAUUUACAGUCAUCGAAUGUUACCAUCGUUGAAAUGGAAAAAAUUCUGAUUAUAUCUGUAAUAUACUCUGUAUUGUUGUUGUGUGAUUAAAUCAAAAAGCUUGAAACAAUGGAAUCAUUUCCCCUAAAA